AGAGCCUCGGGGGCGCUGCGUGCCGCGCCCGCCGCUCCGCGCGCACCGGCUCGGGCCGCCGAGGGCUCCGGCUGAGCUCGGCGGGGACGGCGCGGAUGCGGCGGCGGCGGCGGCGGCGGCGGCGCUCACCUGAGGCGGCGCGCGGGUGGCGCUGUCAGGGCCGCGCUCGCCCGGCGCCGGCUCCGCACUGAGGCUGCUCCCGGGCGCCCGCCCGCUCGCCCGCUCUCCGGUCCGCCCGUCCGCCCGUCAGUCCGUCCUCCCGCCCGGCGUCCCCGCAGCCCGGCCCCCCGCGUCUUCGCCCGCCUUCCCGCUCCGCGGCCUGCGGGAGCCGCGCGCUCCCCGGUGAGGCCUGCUCGCUCGUUCUCUCGCUCGUUCCCUCGCUCUCUCGCGCGCGCCCGCCCGCCCGCCAGCCCGCCCUCGCCGUAGCCCUCCGCGGCCCGCCACCCGCCGGACCCCCGGCUCGACCCCGCCGCCCGCGCAAGAUGUCGGCGCGGACGCCAUUGCCCACGGUGAACGAGCGGGACACAGAGAACCAUACAUCUGUGGAUGGAUAUACUGAAGCACACGUCCAGCCUACUAAGUCAAGUAGCAGACAGAACAUUCCCCGGUGUAGAAACUCCAUUACGUCAGCAACAGAUGAACAGCCUCACAUCGGGAAUUACCGCUUACAGAAAACAAUAGGGAAGGGAAAUUUUGCCAAAGUGAAAUUGGCAAGACAUGUUCUAACAGGUAGAGAGGUAGCUGUGAAAAUAAUAGACAAAACUCAGCUAAACCCUACCAGUCUACAAAAGUUGUUUCGGGAAGUACGAAUAAUGAAGAUCCUGAACCAUCCUAACAUAGUGAAACUGUUUGAAGUUAUUGAAACAGAGAAGACGCUCUACCUAGUCAUGGAGUACGCGAGUGGGGGUGAAGUGUUUGAUUACUUAGUUGCCCACGGAAGGAUGAAAGAAAAAGAGGCACGUGCAAAAUUUAGGCAGAUUGUAUCUGCUGUACAGUACUGUCAUCAAAAAUGCAUUGUUCACCGUGAUCUUAAGGCUGAAAACCUUCUCCUUGAUGCUGAUAUGAAUAUUAAAAUUGCUGACUUUGGUUUUAGCAAUGAAUUCACAGUGGGGAACAAAUUGGACACUUUCUGUGGAAGCCCGCCUUACGCUGCCCCCGAGCUUUUCCAAGGCAAGAAGUAUGAUGGGCCAGAAGUGGAUGUGUGGAGUCUGGGCGUCAUUCUCUACACGCUGGUCAGUGGCUCCCUGCCCUUUGAUGGCCAGAACCUAAAGGAACUUCGUGAGCGAGUCCUCAGGGGGAAAUACCGCAUUCCCUUCUACAUGUCCACAGACUGCGAGAAUCUCCUGAAGAAACUGUUAGUGCUGAAUCCCAUAAAGAGGGGCAGUUUGGAGCAAAUAAUGAAAGACCGGUGGAUGAAUGUUGGUCAUGAAGAAGAAGAACUAAAACCAUAUUCUGAGCCUGAGCUUGAUCUCAAUGAUGCAAAAAGAAUAGACAUUAUGGUCACCAUGGGUUUUGCACGAGAUGAAAUCAAUGAUGCCUUAGUAAGUCAGAAAUAUGAUGAAGUCAUGGCUACUUAUAUUCUUCUAGGUAGAAAACCACCCGAAUUUGAAGGUGGUGAGUCACUGUCCAGUGGAAACCUGUGUCAGCGAUCCCGGCCGAGCAGUGACCUGAACAACAGCACUCUUCAGUCCCCGGCUCACCUGAAGGUUCAGCGAAGCAUCUCAGCCAACCAGAAGCAGCGCCGCUUCAGUGACCAUGCUGGUCCCUCCAUUCCCCCCGCUGUGUCAUACACCAAAAGGCCUCAGGCCAACAGUGUGGAAAAUGAACAGAAGGAGGACUGGGACAAAGACACAGCCCGAAGACUUGGCAGCACGAUGGUGGGAUCCAAGAGCGAAGUGACAGCCAGCCCCCUGGUGGGUCCGGACAGGAAAAAGUCUUCUGCUGGCCCGAGUAACAACGUAUAUUCUGGAGGGAGCAUGGCAAGAAGGAACACGUAUGUGUGUGAAAGGACCACGGACCGGUAUACAGCGCUGCAGAAUGGAAGAGACAGCAGCCUUACAGAGAUGUCCGCCAGCAGCUUGUCAUCUGCGGGUUCCACAGCAGCUUCUGCUGGCGCCUCAGCACGGCCCCGCCACCAGAAGUCCAUGUCGACCUCUGGCCACCCUAUUAAAGUCACACUGCCAACCAUUAAAGAUGGCUCUGAAGCGUACCGGCCUGGCAGUGCAACCCAGAGAGCUCCUGCUGCUUCCCCAUCUGCUCACAGUAUUAGUGCCGCCACCCCAGACAGGACCCGCUUCCCCCGAGGGAGCUCCAGCCGAAGCACCUUCCACGGGGAGCAGCUCCGAGAGCGGCGCAGUGCGGCUUACAAUGGGCCGCCUGCCUCCCCGUCCCAUGAAGCUGGUGCCCUUGCACACGCCAGAAGGGGAACGUCGACCGGGAUAAUAAGCAAGAUCACUUCCAAGUUCGUCCGCAGGGAUCCAAGUGAAGGCGAAGCCAGCGGCAGAACCGACACAACCAGAAGUACAUCCGGGGAGCCGAAAGAAAGAGACAAGGAAGAGGGCAAAGACUCCAAGCCGCGUUCUUUGCGGUUCACAUGGAGCAUGAAGACCACAAGCUCAAUGGACCCCAAUGACAUGAUGAGAGAGAUCCGGAAAGUGUUGGAUGCCAACAACUGUGACUACGAACAGAAAGAACGGUUCUUGCUCUUCUGUGUCCACGGUGACGCGAGGCAGGAUAGCCUCGUGCAGUGGGAGAUGGAAGUCUGCAAGUUACCUCGGCUCUCGCUGAAUGGGGUCCGCUUCAAGCGGAUCUCUGGGACCUCCAUUGCCUUUAAGAACAUUGCAUCCAAAAUAGCAAACGAGCUUAAGCUGUGAAGCUGUGUGAGCUUCAGGAUCAGGGAAGAUGCCCCACAGCUGAGGUACAGGUUGUGAGUGCACAGGUGACGGCCUAGCGUGUUCCACCUGUGAGUCUCCCGUGUAGAAUCUGUCCUUAAUGCAAUAGGGUUAUACAUAGUCAUGAACUGUAAAAUUAAAAUCAGUAUGAGCUAUAAUAAGACUCUGUAGCUUAAAAAGUAGGUUCACAUGUACAGGUAAGUAUAUUGUGUAUUUCUGUUCAUCCUCUGUUCAUAGAGUUGUAUAAUAAAAUAUGAUUGCUUUAAAACCUGUAUACUUGUCUGGGUCUCCAGAAAUGUAUGUUUAAUGCUUUGAGUUGAAAGUGGUUUCUCCUGUUACUUACGUUCUGGUGGGUUUUUUAAAUUCUUACCUCCAUCAUGCUAUUUUAAAAAUUGUGUCCAGAAUUAAAAGCGCAUAGAAAUAGUCUUUAAAAUUGUAGCAUGGACUUUAUAAAAUUAUUUUAAAAUCAUCUUUAAUUUAAACCAGAAGUUGACAGUGGUCGGUGUCAUUCUGUUUCUCCUGCGUUUCUUGCUCUCGCCUGUGUCAGACAAGAUGUGGCCAGGGGACACAACGUGUUUACAGUGUCCGCACCUAGACUUCUAAACACAGUGAAAAGAAAGCCACAGCUUUGCCUCGAGCUAACUCAGAAGUGCCGGAAUCAAGUCUUUACCAAGUUUGUUUUGCCCUUUGUUUUCUGACCUGCUAAUCAGCAGCAGAGAGUGAAAGAAUACAUACACGGGGGUUUGCCGGGCUGCUGUGCAGUAAACCAGCACUUGAGUUUGCUGCCUUCGGUACGCGCAGGGUAACUGGGCCACCAGAGUGCUGGGGCGUCUCAUAGCACAAGCUCCUCCGGACAGUGUUGAUGAAGGCGUUGGCUAAGAUAUGAUGCUGCCUCAGGAACUGACUGGCGUUGGGAGCAUUUGCCCCAGUGUCUUCCCAGCCUCCGUCCUUCCAUGCCACUGUAGUGUCUGCAAGUGCUCAGACCCGAGAGCUAGGCGUGCUCGCCACAUUCAUGUAUGAAUUUAUGCUUGCCCGGGGUUCACUUUGCUCCCUCAGAACCUAUUUGUUUUCAAUAUUUUGCCCAGGUUACCAAGUUUCUUCCACAUCACUCUACCCGUAGUGUGCAGCUCUGUAAUUGGCCAUUUACCUUCUCUUCUUUCAUAAUUAGUGCUGUGCGUGGCGUAAAGCCACUAGUAACAGUACCUUUUUAACGCUCACUUUUGUACUGAAAAGCCUUGGAGGUUGACUGUGCAAUGUUAUUUAAUGUUGUGAUUUACUGUAAUAUCAGCAUAUGGGCCCCAUCCGCACACUCCUGAGAAACAGAGGGUGUUCUCAAAGCUCACCAGUGGAAAGCAAGCCAGUGCCGUGAUCGGUGCUGUCGUGGAAACUGAGUGGGAGCUGCCGGUGUAGGCAAUGGGCUGUACCAGCUUACCGAAGAAGGUGGUUUUAUCUUCUGUACCGUCCUGUGAUGUAGCUUUCUUCUUGACAUUCUGUUCUAAAUGGUGUGUUUUCUUGCCUUAGGGAAGGACGAUGUUUGGGAGGGAAAAGCAACAAAAGAGAAACUGUGUAGCCCCUUUUUAAUCUGGUGUUCAUUUGAAACCUUCGAUGCAGAUCCGCAUUCACUCACUGGUGCACACGGAAACCUUACUUGAACAUAUCUCAUAAUAAAGCAUUUGUCUUUUA